UUUACAUCCGGGCAUUUUAUGAGGUUUCCAAAAACACGUAGAUAUAUUCACACAUUUUAUUCAAUUUUCUGCGUUUGUUAUCAGUAGUUUGCGUUAUUAUUUGUCUGGGGACAAAAUGUAUACAUUACUGUCAGGGAUGUGGAAGUACAUGUUCAAGAAGGAUGAAUACUUUGUACUGAUAUUGGGACUUGACAAUGCUGGCAAAACAACAUAUCUGGAACAAACUAAGACAAAGUUCACAAAAAACUACAAAGCUAUGAAUCCUGCUAAAAUUACAACAACAGUUGGUUUAAAUAUUGGAAAGAUUGACAUAGGUCCAGUGAGACUGAAUUUCUGGGAUCUUGGAGGCCAAGAGGAGUUGCAAUCUCUUUGGGACAAGUACUAUGCUGAGUCCCAUGGCGUCAUAUACAUAAUUGACUCUUCUGACAGGGAGAGAGUAGAUGAAUCUAAAGAAGCAUUUGAAAAGAUGAUACAAAGUGAAGUUUUGCUUGGUGUUCCACUUCUAGUCCUAGCCAACAAACAAGAUCUAAAGAAUUGUAUGUCUACCAGUGAAGUGAAGCAGGCAUUCCAUGAUAGUGCUCAAAAGAUUGGCAAAAGAGACUGUAAGGUGCUGGGGGUAUCUGCCUUGAAUGGUGAUGGUGUCCACGAAGGGAUAGAAUGGCUGAAACAAUGUGUUGAGAGGAACAAUAUUUGUAGACCCCCAACAGUGAAGGAAAUCACGUGACCACUUCAAUAAUAGGGAUACUGCGAGGGAAUUUAGAGGGUAUUUAUUGGGGAAAUCGACCAGGUUCUGAGAAUGUGUAAAUACUUACUACAGUUGUGAUACAUAAUAGUCGAGCUGCUCUUGGUUGCCAACUCAGCAUGUAGCUGAAGUUAAAAUCUUGGUGAUCGUAAGGAUACACUACAGCUUAUAUGACACUAGAACAUGGAUAUUCGAUACAAUUUGAAGGAUGAGUAUGCAAUUUCCCCAGGUGCAAUUGUUUGAUUAGUACAGAAAUAACUGUAAUGAUGUGAUAAUAUAACUAAAAGUGACUUUUGCUAAAGAAAGGUGAGGUUGAAAUGACAUUUCAAUAGAGUGUAUGUCAUAGUAGAUCCAUUGUAAAGAAAUAAUUGCCUUUCCUGUUAGAGUUGGUAGGAAAGCUAUUACCACAUGCUGUUGUAUUAGGGUAUGGACUUUCAAGAAAGAUUGGUAUCUGCAAUAAGAAGUACAAUCAAGGUAAUUUCAAACAGAAAAAUUACAUGCAAAAUUCUAAUUUUGAAAAUUUUCUUUUUAUAUGUAUUUUUUAAGAACUAUGAUUUUUUCAAGCGAGUCAGUGUUUCUUAUUUCAGAAUAAUGCAAUUUUAACUUAAAGAGAAAUUAAAUAUAUUCUUUUCUGGCUUUAUUUUAGGCUUGUAUUACAGUUCCACUUAUAAUAUGGAACAGAAUCUCCCAAAUAACUCAUAAAGAGUAUUUGUUGAUGGUUGUUAAGAGUGCACAUUUUAUGAUGCAUCAGAUGAGAUGAGAUAUUCAGAUGGGCAAAACUGUUAAAAAACUAAUUAAAGUGUUCCCAUUUCUCAUCAAAGAGACAUCCUGGCUUUACUGUAUCCGUAAAUUCUGACUUUUUAAGCUUAUCUUAUGUGUGCAUUCACAUUGAUUCAAAUAAUAUUUUUAGUUCUGUCAUCAAUAUGUAUUUUUGUAACGAAAUAAAGCUUUGGAUGAAUAUUAUGUGAAACUUUUUUUCUUUAUAUGAUGUCUAACUUGUCCCACUUAAAGAACAACACUUCCUUCAAUAAACCCCCAAAUUCUAGGAGUGAGGAUUGAUGUUGACAUUUACAAACUUCAUUGUUUGAAACAAACAAAAAAUUUCCUAUUUCCCUAUUCACUGGGGAUGAACUGGAAACGA